GAUGAUGAUGGUCGACGUAAUUGUGGUGAUGGUAGCGCCAACGACGACGACAGCGAUGACGAUGAUUGUGAUGACGGUGACGAUGUUGAUGACGAUGACGACGAUGAUGAUGAUGAUCAUGGUAGAGGUAAUUGUGGUGGUCGUGGCGACAGCGACGACAACGAUGAUGAUGAUAAUGAAGAUAAUAAUGAUUGUUAUUAUUAUUGUUAUUAUUAUUAUUAUUAUUAUUAUGAUAUUGAUGACGACGAUGAAGCAGAUGAUGAUGAAGAUGAUGAUGAUGACGAUGGUAGUGGUAAUUGUGAUGGUGGUGGCGACAACGAUGAUGACGAUGAU